AUGGAGAAGAUCGAUACAUCUAGCCGGCUCGCCGAGCUGCGCAAGCUCAUGAAAGAGAACAAUAUUGAUGUAUACAUUGUUCCCUCGGAAGACAGCCACUCCUCGGAAUACAUUGCGCCGACAGAUGCGCGGCGAGAAUUCAUAUCUGGAUUUACCGGCUCGGCAGGAUGUGCCGUCAUCACCCACGACAAGGCCGCCCUGGCGACUGAUGGCCGCUACUUCAAUCAGGCUGCAAAGCAGCUCGAUGACAACUGGGUGCUAUUGAAGCAGGGAAUACAGAAUGUGCCAACAUGGCAAGAGUGGACUGCUGAGCAGUCCGAGGGGGGCAAGGUUGCUGCUGUAGACCCAACACUCCUUACCGGGGGAGCGGCGAGGAAGCUGGCAGAAAAGAUCAAGAAGAGCGGAGGCAAGGAUCUCGUGGCCGUGACAGAGAACCUGGUCGACAAAGUCUGGUCUCAGGACAAGCCUGCUCGGCCGAAUGAGCAAGUCAAUGUUCUUGACGGCAAAUUUGCCGGAAAAGACGUCAAGGAGAAACUUGUCGAGCUACGCAAGGAACUCGACAAAAAGAAGUCACUUGGAUUUGUGGUUUCCAUGCUCGACGAAAUUGCCUGGUUGUUCAACCUUCGUGGUAACGAUAUUCCUUUCAACCCUGUCUUUUUCUCCUACGCUAUUGUCACAACUGACAAGGCAAUACUGUACAUUGAUGCUUCGAAGCUGAGCGACCAAUAUCAAUCGAUCUUAGCAGAGAAUGGUGUCGAGAUCAAGCCCUACGGUGCCAUCUUUGAGGAUGCUACCGCUCUUGGUCAGUCUGCCAAGUCGAGCAGCGCCGCGACACCUGGGGAAAACAAGAAGUAUCUCAUCUCUAACAGAGCUUCUUGGGCUCUGAAGCUCGCUCUAGGCGGUGAUGAGUUGGUGGAAGAAGUGCGCAGUCCGAUAGGCGACUCCAAGGCUAUGAAGAAUGCUACCGAGUUGGAGGGUAUGAGACAGUGCCACAUUCGAGACGGGGCCGCCCUGGUCGAGUACUUUGCUUGGCUUGAGGACCAACUCAUCAACAAGAAAGCGACACUUGAUGAGGUACAAGCAGCGGACCAAUUGGAGGCCUUCCGAGCCAAGAAGAACCACUUUGUCGGGCUAUCCUUCGAAACAAUUUCCUCCACAGGUGCAAACGCCGCUGUAAUCCACUACAAGCCAGAGCCAGGCGCCUGCCCAGCCAUUGAUCCUAACGCCAUAUAUCUUUGCGACUCUGGUGCACAGUAUUUAGACGGCACAACGGAUACCACACGAACUCUACACUUUGGUGAGCCAACCGCGGCCGAGAUCGAAGCAUACACGUUAGUGUUGAAGGGCAACAUCGCUUUGGACGUGGCCAUCUUCCCCAAAGGCACCACAGGAUUCGCAAUUGAUUGUUUGGCACGACAGCAUCUUUGGCAACAGGGUUUAGAUUACCGACAUGGUACCGGCCACGGAGUUGGAUCGUUCCUCAAUGUGCAUGAAGGCCCCAUGGGUAUCGGCACUAGGAUACAGUACUCGGAGGUUGCAUUGGCGGAGGGCAAUGUCCUCUCUAACGAGCCCGGUUUCUACGAAGACGGCAAAUUCGGCGUCCGGAUAGAGAACAUUAUCAUGGUGAAGAAAGUGGAAACGAAAUACUCUUUCGGUGACAAGCCCUGGCUUGCAUUUGAGCACGUCACAAUGGUCCCAUACUGCCGCAAGCUCAUCGACACAAACCUCCUUACCGCUACAGAGACAAAGUGGCUCAACGAUUACAAUGAUGAGAUUCUUGAAAAGAUCAGCCCUUUGGUCAAGGAUGACGUUACCAAGGCAUGGCUCGAGAGAGAGACCAAGCACUACUAG